GAAAUCAAAAUGCCUGCGUACGACAAAGAGAACGCAAGUUUGAACGAGCUCUACUCCAAGACCGAAAAAAUUGUGUUGUCUCCCAGCAAGGCAAAUAUCCAAAAUAGCGGCACUGAUACCCCUAAACGGAAAUCAAUUCAAGAGGGCGGCGAUACCCAAUUUGAUCCUGAAUUAGAACCACUGCUAAAGGAAAAUCCUCGCCGCUUUGUUAUUUUUCCAAUCCAAUUCCCGGACAUCUGGGCCAAGUACAAGGAAGCGGAGGCGUCAUUCUGGACGACUGAGGAAGUGGACCUAACGCAAGACUUAAACCAUUGGAAUGGUUUAUCAGACAACGAGAGACACUUUAUAUCACACAUACUGGCGUUUUUUGCCGCCUCAGAUGGUAUUGUCAAUGAAAACUUAGUGGAGCGGUUCAGUCAAGAGGUCCAAGCGACCGAGGCGCGCUGUUUCUAUGGCUUUCAGAUUGCCAUUGAGAACAUACACUCUGAAAUGUAUAGUAUGUUGAUUGAGACAUACAUCAGGGAUCCAAAGGAAAAAGAUUUUCUGUUUAAUGCAGUUGAGACUCUGCCCUGUGUGCGCAAAAAGGCUGACUGGGCUUUGAAGUGGAUUAGCAGCAAAACUUCUACGUUUGGCGAGAGGUUAAUAGCGUUUGCCGCGGUCGAAGGUAUCUUUUUCUCAGGCAGCUUCGCUUCAAUUUUUUGGCUGAAGAAAAGGGGUCUCAUGCCUGGAUUAACUUUUUCCAAUGAGUUGAUAUCUCGAGAUGAAGGCCUCCAUUGUGAUUUUGCUUGCUUGCUUUUCUCCCAUCUUGUCCAGAGACCUUCGAAGCAGAGGAUCACCGACAUCAUUAAAGAUGCUGUAGCGAUCGAGCAGGAAUUUUUAUCUGACGCCUUGCCAGUAAGUCUGAUUGGUAUGAAUUGUGAAUCAAUGUGCCAGUACAUCGAGUUUGUCGCUGAUCGGCUCUUGAUGGAAUUGGGAUGCGAGAAGUGCUACAAUUCCACGAAUCCAUUUGAUUUUAUGAAUAUCAUUUCAACUGGCGGCAAAACCAAUUUUUUUGAGAAAAAAGUAGGCGAAUAUCAAAAAGUGGGCGUGGUCGACUCUGAUAACGUUUUUACCACCGACGCUGAUUUCUAAAAUGCCCAUAAAUUAUUUAGUUGGUUAGUUUUUAUAUUAUUUGUAAACUAUUGUAACCUAAUUUUGUAACAGAUAAAUUUGAUAACAUUUAGUCCGUGCCUUUGUAAAUAUAUAAUA